AUGGUGUAGAGUAUGGUGCUGCCACCAUUAUUUUGUACGGAGGGAAUUUUAACUAAUCGUUGGUGGAAGUGUCACAUGACCAACAAAAUGUCAGCGACCAUGAAUGAUGAAACGUGCUUAUAGAAACUUGCAAAAAGUUGCGAAUUUUAGCAAAAUGAGUGGUCAAGAUAGCUACAUCAGGCGUGUCAUAGCAAUAUCUGAUAUUCAUGUAGAUUAUAGAGACAAUUUAGAGAUUGUAGAAAGCUGGUCGAAAGAGAAAUACGGAAAAGAUGCGUUAAUUUUGGCAGGAGAUGUCACAGAUUUGACUUCGCUCCUUGAAACAACCUUGAAACGUCUUGCUCGGGUCUUUGCUGAGGUGUUUUUUGUACCAGGCAACCAUGAUCUUUGGCUACGCCGGCCAGAAUUCGCAAACUCGAUCGAAAAAUUCCACGAAAUCCUGAAAAUGUGUGAGAGAAAUGGCAUCCACACCAAACCAGGUAAACUUUCACUUUCUGCCAAGGACCAUAUCUGGAUUGUUCCACUCUAUUCUUGGUACGCCACACCAGAGGAGGAUGCAAAUGAUGCCACCUAUAUCACUCCACAAGUACCGGAGAACAUUGAGAAAAAUCGACAAAUGUGGAUGGACAAUUUUGCUUGCAAGUGGCCAGAUUUGGUUGAAACUCGCUCAAAAUACUUUGCCAACUUGAAUGAUGAAAUGUUAAAACCCUCUCUCCCCUUUGACGGCCCUGUGAUAUCGUUCAGUCAUUUUCUGCCGCGUACUGAUCUGAUACUGUCUUCCAAAGAGGAAGAAGAUGCGAUAAAAAAAGAGCGCGAAAGGCUGAAUUUGGAAGAUACAACUGCACCGAAACGUCAGGGGGGUGUUGCAGGUUUUAACUUUUCUCGUUAUGCUGGUGCGAAAUGUUUAGAGACACAGAUACGCAGCUUUAAGUCCACAGUUCACGUGCAUGGCCAUCAGCAUCGGAAUCGUGACCGCACUAUUGAUGGUGUGCGUUAUGUUUCCCAUUGCCUUGGCUAUGGCCAUGAAAGAGAGAAGGGACUCCUUUGGGGGUUACAUGAGUUGGAUAAUGGACCAAGACAGGUGUGGCCUCUUGUCAACAAUUUCUAAGGAGCUGGGAUGCUGUUCGAAAGGGUUUCAGACAGUGGACACGAACUAGAAGAUCUUUAGUGAUAGGUGAACAGUUCGAAAAUGCUGCAAGAUAUCUUAGUG